AUGAAGGUUCUCUACUGGAAUCUACGGGGCAUUGCUAAUGACCCCACUCAAGAUGUUCUUAAGAAGUUUGUUCGGGACCAUAACCCGGAUGUAUUAUGUAUUUCUGAGCCAUUUGUUUCCUUGGAUUCACUUCCCCUAAACUUUUGGAGCUCUUUGAAUUUAGUAAUAGUUGGUACCAAUGAUCGGGGUUCAGCUCUCCCUAACUUGUGGGUUUUGUGCAAACCUUCUCUUCUUCAUGCGGUUACUAUAGUUUCAAGGACUGAUCAACAGAUCUCUAUUGCAGUUGUUUUGGACUCAGUCAAUUGUGUUCUAUCUCCCGUUUAUGCACGUACAUCUAUAGAGGGUCGUCGUCGUUUAUGGACAGACUUGGCUUAUAUUAAAGAUAACUUUGUUUCUGGCCCCUGGCUUGUUUUCGGGGACUUUAAUGCCAUUCUUGGGGCUCAUGAGAAAAAGGGUGGAGCUCCGGUUUGUAGACGUUCAUGUGAGGAGUUCCAAGCUAUGUCUGAUGUUUGUGAACUUAUUCAUGUUGAUACACACGGGGCUGAAUUCACAUGGGUUCGUAGACGUGGGCUAAGAGGAAAUGUUGAAGAGAGACUUGAUAGAUGUCUUGCGAAUUUGUCUUGGAUGGAUAGUUGGGAUACUUUUGAUUGUAGUACUUUGCCCAGGUUAUGUUCUGAUCAUAAUCCACUUCUUAUGUCUUUCUCUAAUGCUUUUGGAGCUCGUCAGAGUUUCUUUAGAUUUCGAAGGAUGUGGUUGGAGCAUGGGGAGUUUCAUGCCUUUAUCAAGCAAUGUUGGGACUCAGUUAGUAUGCAUGGCUGUCCAUUAUCUAUUUUGCAACAUAAACUACGAGUUCUGCGUAAAGCCCUUCGAACUUGGAAUUGGGAGGUUUUUGGUGAUGUUCAUAGGCGGGUUGACUCUGACCUCGCUGAGUUGGUUUCUAUUCAACAAAUUAUAUCUUCUACUGGGGGUUCUGAUGCGGAUUUUUCUAAGGAGAGUGAGCUUCAGGCUAAUUUGUCAGAAUCUUACGAUCCUCUUGCUAUUCAGAAUCAUAUAGUUGAAUAUUAUUCAGAUCUCUUUGCUAACCCUGCAGAUACUCAUGAUACUGGACUUAUUAGUCGGGUUAUUCCUUCUAUGGUUACUGAUGAUGAGAAUGUGUCUCUCAUGGCUUUUCCUUCUUCAGAGGAGAUUCUCUUGGCAAUAAAGGGUAUGGACCUAGAUAGUGUUCCUGGUCCUGAUGGGUUUAAUGGUCAUUUUUUCAUUGCAUGUUGGGAUGUUGUUGGGACUGAUGUAACGAGUGCAGUUCAAUUCUUCUUCCAUCACGGUACUUUACCGGGCUCUUUUAAUUCAAGUCUUAUUAUUCUGAUUCCAAAGGUGGAUCAUACGGAUUCUAUUAAGCAAUUUCGGCCUAUUGCACUUGCUAAUUUUGUUUUCAAGAUCAUCCCAAAGAUUUUGUCUAUUCGGCUUGCUUCCAUUGCUUCAAGAAUAAUUUCUCCACAACAGCAUGCUUUUGUUCCAGGACGUAAUAUUACAGAUUGUAUUGUUACAACAUCGGAGUGUAUCAAUUUGUUGGAUUCUAAAUGUCAUGGAGGGAAUGUAGCUAUAAAAUUGGAUAUAACAAAAGCCUUUUAUACACUUUCUUGGGAUUUCCUUGUUCGUGUUUUGGAGGCUUUUGGUUUUAACCCGAUCUUUGUUAAUUGGGUGCGUGCUCUCCUGUCUUCUGCAAAGCUCUCCUUAUUAGUUAAUGGCAGAUCAGUGGGUUACUUCUCAUGUGGACGAGGUGUACGGCAGGGGGAUCCAUUAUCGCCGCUCCUUUUCUGCUUAGCAGAGGAGGUUCUCAGCCGGGGGUUGUCAAUGCUUUUAAAUAGCGGUAGGUUCCACCCAAUUUCUUCUCCACGAGGGGUAUUGGCUCCUUCACAUGUCUUGUUUGCAGAUGACGUGAUUGUUUUCUGUCGAGGUGAUCAACGAUCUUUGCAUGUGGUUAUGUCUUUUCUUGAGGAGUAUGGGCAUAAUUCAGGCCAGCUGCUUAAUAAGGCUAAGUCUCAUGUUUUUCUAAGCAAGCAUAUUCAUUAUCGAAGGCAUUCUAUUGCUACUUCUUUGGGUAUUCCUAUCGGGCAGGUUCCAUUCUCCUACUUAGGUGUGCCUAUUUUUCGAGGUAAGCCCCGCGCAUCUUAUUUUCAACCAAUUGUUGAUAGAAUUCGAGUUCGUCUAUCUAGUUGGACAGGUUCCCUUCUCUCCAUGGCAGGACGACUCCAGCUGUUGAAAUCUGUUUUCCAUAGUAUGCUUGUGUAUAGCUUCCAAGUUUAUGAGUGGCCUGUAUCUUUAUUGCGAAGACUGGAGGUGUGGUGUAGGAAUUUUCUUUGGUCUGGGUCCAUUGAUAAGAGAGGAGUUCCUUUAGUUUCUUGGAGAACAUGUUGUACUUCGCUGGAGGAAGGCGGUUUGGGAUUAAAGCAACUGGUUGUUCUAAAUCAUUCUCUCAUUCUCAAGAAAAGUUGGGAGGUUUUCUCCUCAACUUCAACAGGUUGUUCUUUCCUGCGAGCUCGCUUUUGGCGUAAUGGGGUCUUGCGUCGAUCUUAUGCCUGCUCUUCUAUUUGGCCGGGUGUUAAGCGUUUUUGGGCUCAAGUCCAAGAGAACACAAGAUGGAUUAUUGGCUCUGGGCGAUCUGUUUCUUUUUGGCACGAUAACUUCAUGGGCAAACCUCUCAUGGAUUUUUUCGGAUCUCAUACAUGUAUGUUUGCACUUAAGGAUGACUUGGUAGCUGACUAUAUUCAUAAUGGGGCAUGGAACUUUCCUUCUUUGCUUCAAUUUCACUUUCCCGGCAUAUGUAAGUUAAUUGAUAAUGUUCCUAUUUCACUAGUUCCGGAUAUGCCUGAUAAGUUGAUUUGGGUUCCUUCAUCUUCUGGAGAGCUGACAGCAAAAGAGGCGUUCCAUUUUCUUCGUCCACGCCUCCCACUCAGGGAUUGGGGUAAGCUCAUAUGGUCUAAAUUCAUUAUCCCUCGUAUUUCUCUUCAUUCUUGGAAAGUGUUGCGAGGGAGGGUGUUAUCAGAGGAUUUAUUGCAGCGUCGAGGGAUUGCUUUGGCUUCCCGUUGUGUUCUUUAUGGUUUGGCUGUGAGGAAUAAAAUGAGGCAUGAUGAUGGUACUAUUGUUGUUGAUGCAGCACGCCAAUUAAUUAUGGGGCACUUGAAAGCAUCUAGCAAAUUAGCCUCAGGCUGUAUGUCUAAUUCUUUAACUGAGCUUCGGGGUUGGAUUAAGAUUAAUACUGAUGGUGCAUGGCAAAGUGUUUCAAGGAGAGCGGGUUUUGGUGGAGUUUUUAGAGAUUUUCAUGGUUCAUUCCUUGGUGCUUUUGCUUCUAACCUCGAUAUUCCUAGCUCUGUUGAUGCGGAGGUCAUGGCAGUUAUUCAAGCUAUUGAGCUGGCUUGGGUUAGGGAAUGGAAGCAUAUUUGGCUUGAGGUGGAUUCGACACUUGUGCUUAAUUUUCUUUGA